AUGAGCACGUUUGACGGCGUACUAAAAGAAUAUCCGCUCAUAUCAAUUGAUAAUUUCACUCAAGAAUGUGGAAAUUAUUUAUCAACAGUUUAUUUUCUUUCACAUUGUCAUAAAGUGUCAGAGCAUCUUUUGAAAAAUGAUCCAGAGUAUUUCCAUCUAUCAAGCUUUUUGGUCGGCUUUCCCAUGGAAGAACCAAAGCUUAUUGACAUUCCUGAUUUCCAAGGAAAUAUCUGUUCUCAAGUUGUUGUGACGCUAUUAACAGCUGGACAUUGCCCUGGUUCAGUUAUGUUCCUUUUUGAAGGUAGUAAUGGUCGUGUGUUGUAUACUGGAGACUUUAGACUGCCAAUUGGAAAAAUCUCAGCAUUUGAAAGAAAGAAGCAAUUCCAUCGAGUUUGUUAUUCUACUCACUCUUCCUUAUCUGAAAUUAGAGAUUUGGUGCAGUAUUUAAAACCAAAAUUUCUGUAUCCAAAUGUGGUUCAAAGGCAAACAGUAGAAGAGAUUUUAGAUCUUCUUCAUUUUCCAUCAAGUGAUGAUUCUGCAAGUGAGUUAACAGACGAGAAAGCUUCUGCAUCUCCAUUAGGAAUGCUGAAAACCAUUUAUGUGGAAGCAAAUGUUUAUUCAAGCAACUAUGAGAGUGAGAAAAAUAAGGAAGCAAAUGUUUAUUCAAGCAACUAUGAGAGUGAGAAAAAUAAGGAAGCAAAUGUUUAUUCAAGCAACUAUGAGAGUGAGAAAAAUAAGGAAGCAAAUGUUUAUUCAAGCAACUAUGAGAGUGAGAAAAAUAAGGAAGCAAAUGUUUAUUCAAGCAACUAUGAAAGUGAGAAAAAUAAGGAAGCAAAUGUUUAUUCAAGCAACUAUGAGAGUGAGAAAAAUAAGGAAGCAAAUGUUUAUUCAAGCAACAAUGCAAGUAAUCAAAAUAAGGAAGCAAAUGUUUAUUCAAGCAACUAUGGGAAUAGAAGUAAUUGUGAAGUUAAUAAAACUUUGAAAGUUAAUUCUUAUAAAUAUCAUACGAAUGAAAAUUUAUGUUCAAGGGACAAACAUUCACCAUCAAAUUCUAGUCAAAUAGAAGUUUGUAUUUCAGCUGAAAAUAGAGAUUCAAAAUUGAAGCAAAUAGUAUCAAUCACUGAUGAAAAAAGUGAAUUCCUUUGUAAAUCUGGUGCAUCACCUCUGAGAAAAACUGCAGCUCAUAAUGAGGCAGAUGUAAAAGACGAGCAAAAACAUCAAACUUGUUCUCAGAACGGUUUCGAUUGUGAUAUUAAAUUAAAUUUCGUUGAAGAUUGCAGAGGUAAAAGAAAAAAUUCAAUGUUCUAUAAAGAUCACAAUCAUCCUGUAUUGACUAAUUAUAAUAUUGAUAGCAGAUUUAUGAAAGAUUGCAUUCAAAACAUAGAUGAAAGUAGUAAUGACAGCAUAUGUAUUGUGAGUAAUGACAAAGAUCAAAACGAAAAGAGUGUUGAACUGAUUGAUCUGUCAUCUGAUGAAUCUGAUGAUGAUAAAUACUAUGUAGGUAAAUCCUGUUUAAAUGGCAAAGCAAAAUACAAAUGUGAUAAAAUCAAGACAAAUAAUUUAGAGUGCAAUAAAAAUUUAAAACAAAUUUCCAAAUCCUCCAGAGUAAAUGAAUCUCCUAGUGACACGGAUGAUAGCCCAAGCCUGAUCGAACCAAAAAAAGCAAAACUUUCAAUAGAAAAUACAGUAUCUGACCAUUCUGAUGCAUUUCCUAGAGCUAGAAGCAAUUGUGUUCCAACAGAAAAUGUUGUUGCUUUAACAAAAUGUUCUAAUAACCAAGACGAACUGCAUCGUUUUGAGAGUACGCCUGAUGAUCUGUCUUUAAUCAAAGAUGUAUCAAGGAAUUCUUUUCAAAAUGUUGCUUUUAAAAAUAAUUGUGAUGAAAUUAUAAUUGAUGAUGAUUCUUGA